AUGGGCACCCUCAGCUGUGACCCCGCCCCGCGGCCGACCUCCACCACCCUGGGCCGGCGGGCUGCGGAGUACCAGAUCCCCGAGACGGGCCUUCGGAAAUCCUGUGGAGUGGCUGCCCUGGAGACAGGCGCCAGGCCGGGCCCGUAUGUCCUUCUGUCCACCGUUGGCUACGCCCAGCACGACCGCACCAGACUGGCCAAUCCUGCCUGCUCCCUGGUCCGGAAGCCCAGUGAGGUUCUCCCUGAGGACAGCAGCCCUGGGCCGGUCUACUUCCUGGACCCCAAAAUCACGCGUUUUGGCCGCAGCUGUGCCCCUGCCUACUCGAUGCAGGGCCGGGGCAAGUCUCGGGGUCUGGAGGUGACGCCAGGACCAGGGGCCUACAGCCCAGAGAAGGUGCCCCCCGUGCGCCAGCGGACGCCCCCGGCUUUCACGCUGGGUGCCCGCCUCUGCCCGCAGCCACUGGACACCUCGGCCCCUGCCCCCAAUACCUACACCCUGCCUUCCCUCUGGGGUUCCCAGAUCUUCAUCAAACCCAGCAGCCCCAGCUACACGGUGGUGGGCCGCACGCCCCCCAUCCGCCCCCCGCAGGACCCCGCAGAGAUACCCGGCCCGGGCCAGUAUGACUGCCCUGAUCCCAGCGCCUAUAGGCACCGCUGGCCGGCCUUCACCAUGCUCGGGCGGCCCCGAGCCCCACGCCCGCCUGAUGAAACACCAGGCCCAGGCACCCACAGCCCUGAGCAGGUCACCGUGCACAAGGCCAGGGCCCCUGCCUUCACCAUGGGCAGCCGCCACUCCAAGCCGGCUGCCACUAUGGCAGGGAACACCAUGCUCUGA